AAAAGUUGUCAAAACGUUCAAUCAGUGAGAGUGCAGCUUUAAGUCUGGGGCAAAACUUUGGGAAAGUUCAUAUAGAAUUAUUUAUGUCAUAGGUAAAUUUUUGUAGUGGCUUUGACUCAUCUUGGUUUGAAAUAUAUUUAAUUCAUAACAACAUUGGUUACUACAACAAAUUAAUAUAAGUGCCAUGACGCUGCAGGUGAAACAUUUAGUUUACUUCCUGGAUUCAUUUUCAGUUAAAAAAAGAUUUGUGUGCUUCAAGGAAUAUACUGAGCAAACUACAUAUAUUUUGUCAAUUUAAUUUAAUGUACAUUGUAAUAUAAUUAACAGAAGAAUAUAAUGUUUGGUAUCACCCUUUUGUGUGAUAUCUGAUCAAUUCCAUGUGCAUUUUUUUAUUUUGAAAUAUCCUCAAUUUAAGUGAUUUUUGCAAAAGAAAGAAUUUAGAGGUUAAAAAAAGGGAAAGUCUCAAACUAAUUCACAAAUCAAAUUAUGAUUUACAUUAUGGAUGUUUUAUAUAACUUUUGAGGGUGAUUUUUUAAUCUAUAUCGUGUGUGUGACCACACCUAUUGCUUAUGCAAGCAACGAUGCAGUCGCGCAUGGACCAAACAUAAUGUUGAACAAGGUCAAAAGGAAUGUUAUUUCAUUGGCCUGAUACACAUUUUAUUUCAUAAGUGGACUGGGUUUUCAUCUCUAAGAAUAUCACAUAAGGAAAUAUUUGUAGAAAAAACAAUGGCCACAAAGUUGAGUGACUCUGUGCUCAACUCAGGGGACUUUGAAUACGACUUUCCUUGCACAGAGUGUCAAGAGCGUGCACUGAACUCGGAGGCCAUCUAUUACUGUGAAAACUGUACAAGACAAUUCUGUGGAUUGUGUAUAAAGAAACAUGACCAAUUUUACCGUGGACAUCAAAUUCUUGGACUUAAAAAGAGGGAUGCCUGGGGAAAAGUGAUGGCCACUGAUAAACAAUAUUCACUUGUGGAAAACAAACAUUUUAAAGUUAAAUUAAAACAUGACAAAAAUUCAUGCUCAAUAUCUGGUAUAACAGUGUUGCCAGGAGGGGAGAUCGUUAUAGCUGACAGUAAGAACAGGAAUCUAAUGCUGCUGUCGGCCUCCUACACCGUGGUGGGCCAUGCCAGAGUGCCGGUGGGGCCAUGGGAAAUCUGUGCCGUGUCUGAUAAACAGGUGGCUGUUGGCACUGUGGGCUGGGAUAUACAGUUCUUCCAUGUCCAAAACAAACAACUCAAGAUGGACAGAAAAAUACAAAUGGAGCAUAAAUGCUAUUAUGUGUCAUACUCGGAAGGCCAUCUGUAUGUAUCAUCUGGUCUUACUGUGUACCAGUACACACUGGCUGGUCAGAGGGUGAGAGAGAUUUACAAAACGGAUGGAUGGACUGUGUGGGGACUAGAUGUGAGCCCAGAUGGGGACAGACUCUAUCUCAAUGAAAACAAUAAAGUGAUGGUAGUGGACAUACAAGGCCAAGUGCUGCUGGCCGAAUUUAUACAUGACCUUGAAGGGCCAGGAGGUGUGUGCGUGUCCCCUAGUGGAGACGUGUUUGUGUGUGGGUAUAGGUCAAACACCAUCCUACAGGUGGACGGUGAAUGCAAACGCAAGCUGGCCACACUGGCCACUGAGAAACAUGGAGUAUGCAGUCCACAAUCAGUGUACUUUGACAGCAGGACCUCAUCCCUUCUUGUUGGGCAACAUGACACUGAUGAUCUUUUAGUGUUUAAAUUAAAAUGAACAGUCAACUCCAGAAAAACAUCAUUCUCAAUCAAAAGGAAUCUUAAAACAUCAAAGAUCAGAAAACGUUCCCCACAACAUAAUUUGUGAAUUAACUGUAUGCUACAGCUGGUAUUCAAGGUAUUCUAUACAUUAUUAUAAUGCAUGGUUAACUUUGUACAAAAUAGGUCUUAUUUGAAAGUAAUUCAUGUUCAGAAAUAACAUAAUUAUGUGCUAUAUAUAAAUGAUUGUGUUUAUACUUGAACGUGCUUUUUUUUAUAUAUGUUUGCAUUGAAUAACCCCUAUUGAUACAAAAUAGUAUUAGUUGAAAGCAUGCUAUGCAUAGAGAAAAAAUAUGUAUCACCUAUGAAUAUUAGAAUUUUGUUUAUGCAUAUUUUUCAUAUUUGUUUCGUAAUGAAUAUUCCAUUUUCGUAUUCAUAGCAUUUUGUGUUCAUGUACUUGCAUUCUCUAUUAAUGAUUGUCUUCAAUACCAUAUUGUUAAUAAAAUCAUAGAUGUUAGUACAAAUACAUAUCAUGAAGAGUACAGUAACCUUGGUAAAGUAAACAUUAUAAUAUUA